AUGACAGAAUCUAUUUAAUUUCGUGGUCCAUUGGAAGUAGAAGGACCAGGUAUUCAUUCUAUAAAUUUAGAUGACUUAGAUGAUGACGACAAUUAUAUGAGACCAGGCUUAGAAACAACAGGAUUACAAAAUCGUAAAUAAAAAGAUUAGCCAACAAAGAAGUCUCUCUAUAUUGCAAUCAUUUGUUUCUUUAUAGGCUUAUUUUAUUUCUAUUUUACAUAUGAAUAACCUAUUUCCAUUCAUUCUGAAUUUGCUACCUAAACUACAUUUGGAUGUAAUAGAUAAUAUUAUUGGACAAAAUAAGGUUGUGAACCUAAUCCUAUUGGGUGUAUUUUAAGUGUUGAAAAGACAUCUUCUUGUGUAAUUUGUGAAUCAACUUAUUAUCUUUCCCUUUAAGGAAUUUGUAUUGAAGAAUGCAAAGAAUCAAAUGGCUAAUUUUGUACAUCUAAGAAUAAUACUAUUAUCUCAAACAUCUAUAAACCUAAAACUAACACUUAUUCUUACUUUGAAAUACCUUAUAUUUUGAUUCAUUCUGAACAUUCUGCUGGAUUAUUGUAUGUUUCUGAUGUUGAACUAUUUAAAUUAGAACCAUACCUAUCCCUUAAUUACACAAUAGUCAAAUUUGAAGAUUACUUCUUAUUAAAUAAUGAAGAAUUACAUCUUGCUUUUAAAGAGUUUUAGACCUUUAUAGAGAAAACAUUACUUGAUGGGACAUUAAUCAAAAAAUCUUAUGUUGCCUUUUAAGAUAAGUCUCAAGGUUUAUUAUUCUAUUUGGCUUCCUAAAAUAUAACUGAUAAUAUAUUCUUAGUUUAACCAACACUUUUAGAAGAGAAAUAAUUUUAUGAUAAUACCUAUGAAAUUAAAUCAUUUGAUAAAUUAUUUGCUAAUAGAACUUUUAAUGUAACUGUACUUCAUACAGGAAUUGUCCCUGAUGAAUUAAAAUGUAAAAAAAAUACAUUAAGAUUAUUGCCUGCAUUAGAUAAUUUAGAUGAGAAGUAUAUAUUAUAAUAAAUAAUCAAAAUAGGGAUAAUUCAAAUUAAAUUGAAGGUACAAAAAUAGAAGAAGAAGUUGACUGUUUUAAGAUAGAAGAAUCAUAAAUCAUUGAAAAAAUUGUACAUCCUAAUUGA